AUGAUUCACAAUUUCGUGCUUCUUGUUCUUAUGCUUAAUGUGGACAGUUUAACGAUGAAAGAAGGAGAAACUCGUUGGCAACUAUUUAAUCAGUGCAGCAAGGCAAUGCUGCAGACUUAUUUAGGGCAUAUCAACACUCGAGGAAUUUCGUCACGUCUCUGUCUGACUGACUUCAACGUAAAAGUGAAUCGUUUGGGAAUGUUCCAACUGCAGCACGCUCAAUCCAGAAAAUAUAUAUGCUUUAAUCGCCGGAGAAGAGUCACCGUACGAGUAUGUUGUGUCGUUUUCUUUUUAAUUUUCAUUGUUCGGGGCAGGUUCCAGGAUCCAUCUACAUAUCACGUGAAACGAAAAUGUUUUUCAUGGACGAAAUUACAAAGAUACGUGCCGAAUUCUGAACUACAUGGAUGCCAUCCUCAGCCUAAGAAGAAAUCGAAUCAGAUACCUUCUACACCCAAUGAGAAGUUUUUUAGAAAUAUUAUGAGAACAGCGCUCUUACAGAAGAUUCGAGCAACGGUAGAUGGUCCUUAUAAGCCGUGA